AUAUCACCCUUCAAAUUAUUGUUUUUGUGCUAGGAUGUCGAUUCAUUGGGGCAAGGUCAUCUGGCGAUGAUAUUUGUUCAUUCGCAAAAGGAUAUAACAAAGGGAAACGAUACGUGAUCCCGCGCUCCAGCCUACUGGCUAAGAUCAUGGGAAUCACCUCCCAUGAGGUGCGUGGGGGUUGCGUCUUUGAGUCCAUAGAUCUCAUUUUCGGCACACACCACCACACACCUCCGGUUUACCCAAUAAAAUACAGUGGGUGCCAGGAUUCUAUUAUCCGUCUUCUCCGUCACAACAUGUUGAUACCUAUUUCUCAUAAAAUCUCCUUCCAGUGAUGUAAUCCAUUGGCUGAAAUCUCUUCAUAAUCAAUUCAAAAGUGGUGAAAUCGCUACGUAUUGUUUGUUCCUUUAACUAAAAUCCCUGGGCUGGGUUUGUUCUAUUGGAAAGAAUCACUGCAGCAAGGAAUCUACUGUUAAAAAUGUUCACUCUGAGGUUUGGAGUGUAAUAUGUUCUGGGUUCAAUUUUCCAUUUAAAUGGAUAUUCCCGCUACUUUUCUGAAAAUUUUAUGUUUAUCGGGUGCUCCGAAGAUGAUGAUUGUUGGCGGCAUCGGACCGGUGUUCAGCAUUUUUUCUAGUUGAGUGAAAUGUCGGCCGAAAUUCUUUAUACAUGUGAAAUUAUUCACAGAUGUGAAAUUGAAUGCUUACCUGAGAAACCCAGCAGUCACCAAAGUGGAAGAAGAUUGAGAAGCUCAUCGACGAAUUUUGAGGGUGUUUGUUCUUACAAGAAUCAACCAUGAAUGGCAGCAGGAUUAAGUUUUUCCUCAGCUAAUUCCAAGUCGUGGGAUAUUUAUUUUUUAGUCAAUGUGUAAUGGAGGGUGACAGACCGUGAUGUGCACAAAUCAUCAUCCACAAAGCUAUAACAAAACAUAAGAGAAAUUGGUGUGCUUUUUCAUCCUGUCUCAUCUGAGUUCCUUUUUGCAUCUAUGGUGAUCGCAUCCUGCAAAAAAGAUGGUGAUUGUUUUUAUGGCUAAUGGCUUUUCUGAAGUUGUUUGGUUAUUAUUGGAUUAUUACCUGAGAUAUUCUCUGGGUGUUGUAAGUUGCAUUAUGGUCCAACUUCUUUUUAUAUUCCUUUGUUGAGUUCGUUUUGGAUAAUUUAUGAGAUAUUUGAGACAGGAAAUUGGAUUGAUCUGAGAUAUUUGUUUUAGAGAGUGAAUAAUAGAAUUGGAAAUCAGAGCGAGCAAAGGAAUCAAUCAGGUUGGCUAAGUUUCACAACCAACAAGAAGGCAAAAGGGAGGAGACAACAGAGAAGAGGAACAAACCUUGCAGGAACUCAAGUCUACUCUCAAAGGGUUACUUUAAACUGAGCUGUAAGUCAACAUUUUUCUUUUGGGGUUGAUACCCCAUAAGAAUCUAGAUUGAUUGCGUAGAAAAGUGUGGGAGAGAAAAGAAAACUAAAAUUUGAUUGUUGAGUAUUUGUUUGUUGUUGAGAAAUGGAAGAUUCACAUAACUGAGCAAUGAAGGUUUAUCAUGUGCAUUGCACAGCGGUUGGGAUCAAUUGCCUUUUUCUUUCUUCUUUUCUUUUCUUCUCUGUUGCUAUUAUCAGAUGAUGCAGUCAGAAGUGAGUAAAUUACCAUUUCUUAAAUUCACCUUGGUCAGCCUUAUUUUUUCAGCCAAUAAUGGACCGCGAUGGCAUAGGGAGAUGAGAGGAGAGCAAAGCAGAGCUUGGUGCCUGGGUUGGUCAAACAUUUGCCGGAGCUAAAAGCAAUAAGUCUGGUGGAAGGAAGGCUUGAAUUUGGUAUUCAAAGAGGAGAGGAGAGCAAUGGUUGAAUCUUUUAUAAGGAAGUUAGCAGAUUAUAGUUCUCCUCCCUUAAUGAUAAUAUUUUGCUACCGGUGAAUUUAGUUUGCCUGCCUUAAGAUGAUAGGCAAUUUACUGCCGUCUAUGAUAAUGGUGUGAACUGUUAUUGUGUUUGGUGGGUGAUCUGUUGAGAUAACCUUAAGUUGUCUCUUUGUUUCUCUCUUUUUAUUCUUAGCUGAUUACACUGUUUCCAUUUUUUAGGGUUGUUUAUAAGUGACUGCUUUGUUUUGUGGUGAUUUUAACUUUUAUUGUGCUCUGUUGAUAAUCUGAAAAUAAGAAAAGUUGAGUCCUUUC